AUGAACGCCCCCGUCCCCACGCUCCUCGUCGAGGAUCGCUCCCGUUCACGCAGCACCGCGCCUCUCUCCGGCUCCAGCGCCGGCGGCACCAAGGCGCCCUAUCGCUCUCCGCGGCUUGAGCGCUCUCGCUCGCGCCCGCGCUUCACGAUCGACGCGCCGACGCGCGCCUUUGCAGUCACUAUCGCCGAGGUCGUGCAGCUGCGCCAGGCCCGUGCCGAGUCGAACGGCAGCAACUCGCACGCCAACGUCGAGCUCAUCGUCGACGUCCCCGUCUGGUCGAACGGUUGCUUCUCUGCACUGCAUCCUGCACACGACCAGCUGCAUCUCGGCAAAGACGCAGAAGCUCGUCCGCCGAGUGCUUGUGCGGCGCUCACCCGUUGGGCCGUUGGGGUCGUGUGCGGAUUCAGAUGUGUUCUGAAUCCGGUCGGCCUUGGCCGGCGAACUCCUGUGUCACUCGGCAUCCUCCGCCAUUGCCAGACUGCUGACAUUCCAGACCUCUCGACGCUUCACUCGCUGCGCGACGUGACGCUCUCGCACGUGCACGGCCUCAUCGCGCACCUCUCCGACGCCCACCUCAUCACGGCCAAGUACCGUCUCCUGGCGUCGCGUCCCCAGCAGCUCGGCUGGGGCUGCAUCCGCCUCGCUCCCUCGCCCCUCGACCGGGCUCAGCGGCGGCACACUGCUCGUCCGCCCCUCCCUUCCUCGCCUCGCGCGACGGUGCACAACUUUGACACGCGCGCCGCCACCCCGGGCGGACCGGUCCACUUCGACCCGCGGGCGAAUGUCCAGCACUCUGUCUCGUUCGACGAGGCGGUCUACGACCGCCCGACCGAGGUCGAGGUCGAGCUCGUCCCGGGAUACACGGAGGGGAGCGACAGCGACGAGGACGACGACCAGGAGCCCGACAGCCUCGUUGCCGCCGAGGCGCGCGAGAAGAGCUACAAGGAGGGCUCCGUCUUCACCAUGACGAUCAACGGGCUGCACUCGCUUGUCAUGAUCUAG